UAACUGAAGCUGGCUUUGGUGCUGACAUUGGGAUGGAGAAAUUCUUCAACAUCAAAUGCAGAGCCUCUGGCUUGGUUCCCAGUGUGGUUGUACUUGUUGCUACAGUGAGGGCUUUGAAGAUGCAUGGAGGUGGGCCAAAUGUAACUGCUGGUGCCCCCUUGAAGAAAGAAUACACAGAAGAGAACCUCCAGCUGGUAGCUGAGGGCUGCUGUAAUCUACAGAAACAGAUUCAAAUUACUCAGCUGUUUGGAGUUCCUGUUGUGGUUGCUCUAAAUGUCUUCAAAACGGACUCUCCUGCCGAGGUUGAUCUGGUGUGUGAGAUUGCAAAGCAGUGUGGAGCAUUUGAUGCUGUACCCUGCCGUCACUGGUCAGCUGGUGGUAGAGGAGCAGUGGAAUUAGCUCAAGCUGUGGAAAAGGCAGCCAAUCAGAAAAACAGUUUUAAAUAUCUCUACAGCUUGGAGCUUCCUAUUGUUGAAAAAAUAAGGAUCAUUGCUCAGAAGGUGUAUGGAGCUCAGGAUAUAGAGUUGUCUCCUGCUGCACAGUCACAAGUUGAUCGUUACACCCGGCAGGGAUUUGGAAAUCUUCCCAUUUGUAUGGCAAAAACUCACCUAUCGCUCUCCCAUCAGCCUGAGAGGAAGGGUGUUCCCACUGGUUUCAUUUUGCCAAUCAGUGAUGUGCGAGCCAGUAUCGGAGCUGGAUUCAUCUACCCUUUGGUAGGAACG